AUGGCCAAAAAUCAAUCGUGUAUCGGAAUUUUUAUAGUGUUUACUUGCAAAAGAUUACUUUGGGUUAUUAAAGAUAAAGGUGAAUCUUGGACUGAUCAAUACUUUCGUGAUAUAAUUUUGACUCAAAAUGUAUUUCUCUUCUUAAAAAAUGAAGAUAAUGUUAUUGAGCCUGAUGAACAUUUGCUUCAAGACAAUUAUGUUAAAUUUUGGGGUAAUGAUAACUGGCCAGGAAAUUCACCUGAUCUUAAUGUAGCAGAACGUAUCGGAUCAAUUUUCAAAGAUGAAGUUGAAAAACAAAUGUUAUCGGAAACUUGGUAUAAUCGAUAUCAUGUAGACACACUUAAAAUGCAUAUUGAAAAUGUCUUAACCAGCAUGAAAGAAGAUACUGAAUUAUUUGAAACUCUUCUAUGUUCGUAUCCAUCUCGACUUCGUGCAGUAAAGACUGCUAACGGUCGCCACACAGAUUAUUGA